UCUGCCAUUCUGCGAAUUAUCUUUUUCUCUGUUCUCGCCUAGCCGUUUAUGAUUAAAAAUGUAUCCAAGAUUUAGAAUCAAUUAAUAUGUGUCUAUUUAUUUUGUGAUUUUUGAAAUAAGUUAAUAUAAAACGAUAGUCAACAUGAGUGUUUUCAAAUCUGCAAUGGGGUACUUCAGUUCUGCAGGUGCCAACGGUGGCAGUGAUAAUGAUUUUGUUGGGCAAUUUGUUGAGAUAGGGAACAUGAAAUUAAGAGUGAAAAAAGUUAUCGCAGAAGGUGGAUUUGCAUUUGUAUUUGUUGCUCAAGAUGUAUCUUCAGGUACAGAAUAUGCUUUAAAAAGGCUAAUGGCUGCUGAUGAACAAGCAAAUAAAAAUAUUAUACAAGAAAUUAGCAUACUAAAAAAACUAUCCGGACAUCCCAAUGUAAUUAAAUAUGUAGCUGCUUCAUUUAUUGAUAAGGCGAAGACUACCCACGGCAUGGGUGAAUAUUUGUUACUAACGGAUCUCUGUAGUGGAGGAAGUUUAAUGGAGGCUUUACAAAAUAGGGGGCAAGCUUUUCCACUUCCGACAAUACUGAGGGUGUUUUACCAAACAUGCAAAGCUGUGCAGCAUAUGCAUGCACAAGUACCUCCUAUCGCGCAUCGUGAUCUCAAACUAGAAAAUUUCCUAAUUUCUAAUGAAGGUACAAUUAAAUUAUGUGACUUUGGUUCUGCAACUACUGAUAUUUUCGCCCCAAAUCCUUCUUGGAGUGCAAAUCAAAGAAAUAUGCUAGAAGAAAAUUUGGCCCAAUUCACUACCCCUAUGUACCGAGCCCCUGAAAUGCUUGAUACUUGGGAUAAUCGUAAAAUAGAUCAUGCUGUGGAUAUAUGGGCUCUAGGAUGUAUUCUGUACACAUUAUGCUACAUGCAGCAUCCAUUUGAAGAUUCAGCUAAACUGGCUAUCUUGAAUGGAAACUACAAUCUGAACCCCAAUGAUCAACGAUACAAAUGCUUUCAUGAAAUCAUAAAUGGCUGCCUGACAGUGAACCCCGAAGAGCGUUUGCCCAUAAGCAGUGUCCUGGAGCGGCUGGCGGCGAUAGCGGAGUCCAACAACGUCAAUCUCAAGCAACCACUCAAAUUUGAGCGUAAAAAAGUUGAACAAUCUGUGGCCACUAGCUCGCCAGCGGCCACCGAUCCGGUGCCAAAGAGCCAAGAGCCCGUGAACCCGCGCCCGCCGGAGCCCACUCGCCCCCCUCCGCCCGCGCGCCCGCCCGCGGCGCCGCACUACCACGCGCCGCUGCCACAAGCCCCGCCCACUUCUGGCGGUCUCUUUUCAUCUAUUAAGGAUGGUGCUGGGAGCUUUUUGAAAAAUUUAAAGGAUACGUCGUCCAAAGUAAUGCAGACUGUGCAGCAGUCAAUAGCGCGGGCGGAUCUCGACAUAAGCUAUAUAACGAGUCGUGUAAUAGUAAUGUCGUAUCCGUCAGAAUUAUUGGAGAGUGCAUAUAAGACUAAUCACAUCGAAGACGUAAGGCUGUACCUGGAGAGCCACCACCCGGGCGGCAAGUACUGCGUGUUCGCGCCGCUGGAGGCGCGCGCGCGCUUCCCGCGGCGGCAGCUCGUGGCCGACGCGUCGCUGUGGGCGGCCGACGAGCUGCGCGCGCCGCUGCUGGCGCCCACCUACGCGCUGCUGCAGCGCAUGUACCGCUACCUCGCGCAGGACGACCGCGCCGCGCUCGUGCUCGCCUGCCAGGACGGUAAAUCCAGAUCCUGCCUGCUGCUCUGCGGGCUGUUGAUGUACGCGAGGCUGGUGUCGGUUCCGGAAGACGCGCUACAAAUAUUUGCUGUAAAGCGUACGCCGAUCAACCUCCCCCCGAGCCAGCUACGAUAUCUGUACUACCUAAAUAAUAUAAUAAGACCUGAGCCAAUACUCCCGCAUUUCAGGCCCGUGUCGCUGGUGUCGCUCACGAUACAGCCCGUUCCGCUAUUCACGAAAGCAAGGGACGGUUGUCGACCAUUCCUAGAAGUAUACAACGAAGAUAGAUUGGUCUCACCUCCGUUGAGAAAUUACGAAAGUAUGCAUCUGUUUAUGAUGACUGAAGGGAAGGUGACGCUGCCGCUGGACUGCACGGCGGUGGGCGACGUGUCGGUGUGCGUGUUCCACCUGCGCCAGCAGCUCGGCCGCCUGCAGCGCGUGCCCGUGCUGUCCGUGGCCUUCCACACGGGCUUCCUGCACUACGACCAGCACGUCGUCAAGUUCACCAGAUCAGAGAUCGACGGUAUAGACGAGUCGGGGCCGGUUAACGAGCACUUCUCGUCCAACGUGUCAGUUGUCAUCAGCCUCGUCGUACAGAACGGAGAACGACGCAAACCACGCAGUGACAUCUGGGAGGAGGACCACUCCUUCCCCGUCAGGACUCCCGACGUACUGUUCUCCACCACGCUUGAGAGAGACGAGACCAUAGACAACUUUGCUAAUCUCCGAAGAGAUCCAUCGGCCAUACCGACAAUGACAGCCGAGUUCCCGGCGCGCGAGGCGGAGGCGCGCCCCCCCGCGCCGCACCGCCCGCCGCCGCCCGCGCCCGCGCCCGCCGCGCCCGCGCACACGGCCGACUUCCUGAACAUUGCGAACAAACCCGCGCCAGAACAGAAACUCGAUGGGGCAAAGACUGAGAAACUGAAGAGUGAGGACUCGUUCGACUUCUUCGGCAUGCUGGAGAAGCCUACCACCGAUGAGUCGUUCGGGGACUUCCUGAGCAGUAAAGUCGCUGAAAACCCACAGCCAUUCGUAUCGGAAUCAAUAUUCGGCGAUCUCCCCCCACCGCCGACGACCACCGCUGCCAGCGUGAACGUGAACGCGACCGAUAAUUUCGAUCCGUUCGGUCUCAACGAUCCGUUGCCGAAGCAGGAGCCGCUCCUUACUCCACUGCCGGUUAAAGAUGACGGUCGUCAACAAACGAAUGCAGAACAAACUUCAGAAAAACGAGAUCCCUUCGCAGAUCUCGGCAUGCUAGGGGCGGGAUUACCAGGAGCUGCUCCAGCUGUCACGCCCAUGACCACUCCUCUCGUUACGCCCAUGGUUACCCCCAUGGUGACUCCCCGAGCGUCCCCCGCACAUACUCCCGCGCAUCAGCCGCAUACCCCCGCCAGGUCACCGGCGCAUCAACCGGAUUACAGUCGUACUCACUUUGAGACAACAAAGCCUCCAACGGAGGAAAAAACUAAGAAGACGGGCGAUGUUUUCGGCGAUUUAUUAGGUAGCCAAGGGUACGACUUCGCCAAACGUGAGUCUGGGCCUAAGACGAUGAAUGCCAUGCGGAAAGAAGAAAUGGUUAAAGAAAUGGAUCCUGACAAGUUAAAAAUACACGAAUGGACGGAAGGCAAGAAGGCCAACAUCCGCGCCCUGCUGUGCUCGCUGCACGGCGUGGUGUGGGCGGAGUGCCGCUGGACGCGCGUGGACAUGGCGCAGCUCGUGUCGCCGGCUGACGUCAAGCGCCACUACCGGAAGGCCUGCCUCGCCGUGCACCCCGAUAAGCAAAUGGGUACGCCGAACGAGAACUUAGCGAAAAUGAUAUUUAUGGAGCUAAACAACGCCUGGAGCGAUUUUGAAAGCGACGCGAAACAACAAAACUUAUUCCAAUCUUAAUGUCACGUGAUGACCUCAUAAAUGCCGAUCCCUUAGUAUUAGACAAAAUAGAUAGGUCCAAAUGCCUCAACUUAAUUGCUUCGUAUAUUAUUUCUUCGUUCAAAUAUAUAUUUACAUAGGAGAAUAGAUCAAUGCGUGUUUAAAAAUAAAGUUCAACGGGAAAACGCGGUAAACAGUGUCUAAAUAUAAGCAUGCUUAUUUAGCUGAACCUUCAACUAGGUAAAUAUUAAACGGUUGGUAGAUGACAAUUUACACUUUAUCCUUUAUCCUUUGGAUAAUUCGAUUCAUAAAAUUAUUCAUUGAAAGUAUCACAUAUGGAUUAUCCAUGUAAGCAACGUCGGCAACUAAAUGGGAAAAUAUAUCAAAGCUGUUUUAAUUUUCUGAUGCUGUCCUUGUUUUUAUAAGACAAACAAUUUUACAAAAAUAACUUUGUAUUAUUUUGAUGUACGCCGAGAUAUUAAAAAUGUGUCUGUUAUACUAAGACGUAAUAACCUACAAAUGAGGAAAGACGCUUCGAGACUUGCAUUGGCUUCACAUGGCUGCUCAUGUAUGGUCUGUAUAAACAAAUGCAACAAUUAAAACUUAAUUAUUUUAACGUAUGUGCCAUAUUAUAAUUUCAUCAAUUUCAUAAUCAAGAAAUCCUGAAUGCUUUUUAAAUAACAUUUAUGAAAUGCGGAAAACAAUGUCGAUACAACUCAAGAUGUUUAACCUCGUGUACUUAUUACAAUUUAAUUGUGUAAUGCAAAUCUUAUUCUCUUAUUAGUAAAUACACAGAGCAGCUUUAUUACGUAACUUAAAUCUCUUUACUAAAUUAUACAGAGAUCCAUAUAAAAUGUUUGUAUUAUAUAAAAUUAAACCGCAUGCCCCAAACUAACAAUGUUAAUUUUAAGAUUGAGAGUAUUCAAGUGGUGCACAUAGUGUGUAGAUAUCAUUAUACCAAGAUAGCGGGUGCCUGUCUAUAUGAAUCAUAUGAUUUAUUUAUUUUUGUAUUAUGUAUGUAUACAUGUGAGAAUAAACACAACUUAGUGUCCAUCAGAUUAAUUUGCAAUCAUAUUUUUCUAUGUUAGUGUUUUUUCUGACAAGCAAAUACUCUACUCGAUAAACAUCAACUCGAACUUCUUCGUUAAAGCUACGUAAAUAGCCAGUUAGUUAUUUUUAUGAUUUAAUAUUCCAUUACUAUGUUUUUUCGUUAAAGUUUAUUUUUGUAUUAUUGUAACGACUCAAUGUAAGAUAUAAUUAUUAAUGGUUAAUUUGGCUAUAUUUAAAAAUUUCAUCAUUCAUAAUGGAUGUCGAUAUGAAAAUAUUUAAGAAUAUUUACUUAUUAAUUUUUGUACAGACAAAGUCUGAGAUAGUACUUACCCAGUUAAUAAAAUUUAAUUUGUAUUUAGGCUUCAAUAUUUUAAUAUUCAGUUAGGUUUUUAGGAGGAUAUUUAAAUAAAGAAUGGAGAAAAAUGGAUUAUCAGAUUCUCAUUGAUUUUUAAUAAUAUUUUCAUGCAAAACUUCUAGUGUUUUACUCGGUUACAGUUUUAUAUGUAAUAUAAGUUUCAAAAGGGUGUUUGAUAUAUUGUUUAAUAAGAUUCUUCGUUUGUACAUUCCUUACAUUCUGGGUUCUAAUUGAAUAAAUGUUAUUAACAUUUCAAUAUUCUGGUAAUGUUAUUAAGUUAGUUUAAAUUAUAAAUAUAUUUAUUAUAAAUGGAUAUAAUACAUACAAUGGACUUAAUUUCGUUUAGCUAGUGCGAUUGUUCCUAGAUAAUUUUUAUAGAAGCUUGCUAGGGCCUAGAAUUAAAGUAAUAUUAAGCCCAUUUACAUUUUUUAUUUUGAAUUCUUUGUAUAUUUUGCUUAAUUUUGAUUA